AUGCAGGCUGAAGCAAGCAAAACAGUCAGCUUUGUUUCAAGUCCUGAUUGGCACAGCUCCGACCAGGUGUACCUUGCCUACGAGUACACCAAGCAUAGCACUGACAAUUGUGAUGUGCCGUUGCAGCUCUGGGUGCAGGUGGUUUCGCUCACUGCGCUCUUCAAUCUAGCCUGCAACCAGCAGGACCGGUAUGGCACCUUAGGUGCCAGGAUUUUUUGUGGCUGGAGCUUUGACCCAGAGAAUCCCGAACGCAUGCCCAUGAGGGUACAAGCCUACAACUUGCUGGUGCCCAUCUUUACCGCUGUGUGGAAUUGCGUUGGGCUAUACUGGGUCAGCCAGGCGAAGGAGCCUGGAAAGGACGCCCACAAAGGUGUGAGUGGCAUAGUGAGCGUGUCCGAGGAAGGAGAGUUUCGACCCUGCUCAGAGGUCGCGCCGGGGCUUCUCUCAGCUGUGCACGCUUAUGCGAGCUUCAACCUCACCUAUUCAUUUUUCAUCCUGCUUGGUGUCGCUGGACUCUCCCAGAUCCUCUUCUGGCUGGCGAGGAGAGGUUUGAUUCGUGUCAGUGAUGCAGCGCCACCAGGGAGCCUGGAGCGAAAUACCGAGGCGCGUGGCCGCCACCGUGGACGUGGUGACCCACCGAGUUAG